CACCAAAUCCUAUAUAAAGGAAACGAGCGCGUCAGCUGGUUGUUAUAAGGUUUGGCUUCAAGUUGACCGCGUGUGCUCUUGAAACAAACAUACACUUAACGCGAAACGGAAAUGCAAAUUUUUGUGAAAACUUUAACCGGAAAGACUAUCACCCUUGAGGUGGAGUCUUCUGAUACAAUCGAAAAUGUCAAGGCGAAGAUUCAAGAUAAGGAGGGGAUUCCCCCAGACCAGCAGAGGUUAAUCUUUGCUGGUAAACAGUUGGAAGACGGACGUACUCUUUCUGAUUACAACAUCCAGAAAGAAUCGACCCUUCAUCUUGUCUUGCGUCUGCGAGGUGGUAUGCAGAUCUUUGUAAAGACUCUCACCGGGAAAACCAUCACCCUGGAGGUUGAACCUUCUGACACAAUUGAGAAUGUUAAGGCGAAAAUCCAAGACAAAGAGGGUAUCCCCCCUGAUCAGCAGAGGCUAAUCUUUGCCGGUAAACAACUAGAAGAUGGACGUACUCUUUCAGACUACAAUAUCCAAAAGGAGUCCACUCUUCAUCUUGUACUUCGACUUCGUGGAGGUAUGCAAAUUUUCGUCAAAACCCUUACUGGGAAGACCAUCACCUUGGAAGUGGAGCCUUCUGAUACAAUUGAGAACGUAAAGGCCAAGAUUCAAGACAAGGAAGGAAUUCCCCCCGAUCAACAGAGAUUGAUCUUUGCCGGAAAGCAGCUUGAAGAUGGACGCACCCUUUCGGACUACAAUAUUCAAAAGGAGUCCACCCUCCACCUUGUCCUUCGACUUCGUGGCGGUAUGCAGAUUUUUGUUAAAACGCUUACCGGAAAAACGAUCACUCUUGAAGUCGAGCCAAGCGAUACGAUUGAGAACGUUAAAGCCAAAAUUCAAGACAAGGAAGGAAUUCCCCCCGAUCAACAAAGGUUGAUUUUCGCAGGCAAACAGCUCGAGGAUGGUCGCACGCUCUCCGACUACAACAUUCAAAAAGAGUCUACCCUUCAUCUGGUGCUGAGACUCCGAGGAGGUGAUGAAGAACUUCCAAACUUCAUUUAGUUGCCAGAAAGAGAUUAAGGUUUUUCUUCACUCAACGGCUUGCAUGACGCAUGAAGACGUCCAAAAAAAAAUUGAAAAUCAAAAU